AUGGAUAUGCGUGGUCUCGCUCAUUUUAUUCGGGAUAUCCGAAAGGCGACAAGCAAUCUAAGGGAAGAAAAAGAACGUGUAGAUGAAGAACUAGCGAAGGUUCGAGCCAAAUUCAGCAACAGCGUCAACAUGAGCACAUAUGACAGGAAAAAAUAUGUUUGCAAGCUUAUGUUCAUUUCUAUGCUUGGGUAUCCUAUCACGUUCGGACAUUUGGAAGGGCUCGAGCUGAUGGCAGGGCAAACCCUUUCAGAAAAGCUUAUCGGCUAUCUCUCAGUUGCUGUCUUCCUAAAUGAAGAUAGUGAGCUGCUCACGCUUACAGCGCACACUGUAUACCGUGAUCUUCUUUCGUUCUCAGAUCUUGAUCGCGGGUUGGCUCUCUCAGUGGUCGCAAGUACAGGUGGAAAGGAUUUCGCCGAGAUUAUGCAUGAAGGAGUACAAAAAAUUAUCGUAGACGAUGUGGUUGACAUUCAUAUACGGAAAAAGGCAUUGCUGACGCUACUGCAUAUCUAUAAAAAAUACCCUGAAGUAGUCGAUCUUCCUUUGAUCAUUCCCAAGGCUGCAGAUCUCAUCCUAUCUGAACAAGAUGGAGCAAGUAUGUGUGCCAUCAAGUUUCUUCAUGGAUGUGUGGAGAAACAAAACAUGCACCUCUUCAAAGAGGUCCCUUUAAAGCUCAUUGAUGUCCUUGCACGCAUUAUUAUUGAAAAGAAAACUGAGCCCAGCUACGUCUACUAUGGUGUUCCGGCACCUUGGCUUCAGUGCAGCCUCCUCCGCCUCUUACAAUGUCUACCUAUCCCAGAGGAAUCGCAUUUGAAGGAUCGCAUUGUUGUUAUUCUGCGGAAAAUGGUGAAAGCUACUGAUAAGGUUGUGAAGGAUGCACAAACGCAAUUGAAACAGAAAGGCAUUCGUAACCGCGUGAGCAUUAUGAGUGCUGUGCUCCUUGAGGUAGUUUCCUUAUCGGUAGUAUGGAACAUUAGUCCAAAGCUCACGUGGGAAUGUAUCGAUGUUGUCAGCAGCUUUGUCUUGGAAAAAAGAGACACUAACUUUCGUUACAUUGGCCUAGACUUGUUGCGUAAGCUGAGACAUGUGGACAUCCCUGAGUUUACGUAUCAAGCUUAUUGUAAACAAUAUCAAUCGCAAAUCAUUGUGAGCCUACACGAUGCAGAUGUUUCGAUUAGGCGAAAAGCGCUGGAUGUGUUGGUGGGAAUGUGUAAUGCAUCUAAUUCGUCAGAUAUCAUUAAAACUCUCCUUGUGUACCUUCCGGUUGCAGACGAACCAGAUUUCCGGAUGUAUUUAGUGUCGUCCAUAGCGUUUCUAAGCGGGAAGUAUAUCGAUGAUCCCAACGCCUACACCGAUAUCAUGCUGACAAUUGUCGCGCAAGCCGGUAACACAUGUCCUGCUGAUAUUGUGCAUCGCGUUGUCCGCGUCAUUAUAAACAACCCAUCGGUUCAAAAGCAUGCUGUCAGCACUGUGUUUCAUGCACUCCACAAUAGAAAACACCCCUGUGAACCAAUGGUGCAAGUCGCAGCGUUCGUUCUGGGUGAGUGUGGAUACCAAAUUGCUCUUAACCCUGAAAGCACCCCACCCCAACAGUUUGCUGCCUUAGAUAACCAACUGGGGUUUAGCUCUACUGCCACGCAAGCCAUGAUCCUUACCGCCCUUUUCAAAUUCUACAACGUAUAUGAUGAUGCCGCAUUACGGGACAAAAUUGUCAAAUCAUUCGAUGCAUAUAAGAGUUGCAUCCAGCCAGAACUACACCAACGUGCCAUGGAGUACUUGGCGCUUAUUGAGAGUGGGAGCAGGAUGCUUAUUGAUAGACUUUUACAACCUAUACCUCCCUUUUCGAUUAAUGAUUACGCAUCUUUCGACAGGGAGGGUGAACAUGCGCAAGAGGCCUGGACUGCUCAUGCGGUUCCAUCUGAAAAAAAUGUGAGCCACGAUAGCCAUGCACAACCGCAAGGAAGCUUUGUGCCAAGUGAUGAAAAGGUUGGACAGGGUCGUUUUGAACCCUCGACGGUAUCUUCGCUAAAAUUAAACGCCACUACUGAAACCAGGACUUCAGGAAAUUCCGUGACGGAGGAACUAUUCCAGACUAUCGAGCUGCAAGACGGCGAACGCCUCAAACAAGCCCAUCUCGAUCAUCACAAUUUAUUUGUCCCUCUCUUGCAAGGCCAAAGUGGGGUUCUUUUUGUCGAUUCGUACGUGGAAUUGCAGUGUACACAGUUUUACCGUCUAGCGGACUGUCGUGUCUCGGUAGUUAUCCAGGAUAGGAGCGGGCGAGGCCUAGAACAGGUGUCUCUGGAAAUAUUGAACGCCGAAUUCGGGCUCCUGUUGCAGUCCCGUGGCAGUAACGCCACCUGUGUGCUACCCAAUGGCUUUAUGACAGUCGAAUUUGCUGGCCGCUCGAUUUCACCUUUUCAUAGUCCCCCAUUGGUCCGUCUCAGCUACCGCACUGGCGUUGACAAUGAUGGGAGUGACGGGACCGUUGGAGUUGAGGUGCUUUAUUUGCCAAUCGUCACUACGAGCUUUAUUUCCCCGUACGAAGUAAGUUGUAACGAUGAUAAUUUUCAGUUGUUUGAUAACGUUAAAAAGACUACAACUCCACUGUCCCAUACCCUUUCCACAUCCAUAGACUUUAAUAAAGAGUCAGCGCUUCGGGUGCUAGCUAAAAUGGGUUUUUACGUGGUGUCUACGGUAGAUGAUACAUUUAUGGCCGUUGGUGCACAUGCCACUAAACCGAAGGGUAAGACUGUGUAUAUGCCCGUCGCGUGUGAACUCCAUCUAGUUGGCGAAAAAAUAGAAGCAAGAGUCUACGCAUUAUCUCAUGUCAUACAAGAAGUUGUGCUUGAUAUGCUUGGACUUAUUUUUGAACCUUAUUCUUAA